UCGAUCGAUUACAAAUAUAUAUAUAUAUAUAUAUACAUACGAUUAAUUAAUUAAUUAAUUAAUUAAUUAAUAUGGCUGUACUUGUGGUAUCCGUGGGCCUCGUCGUCCUCCUCCUCUACUCCUUCUCCCUGGUCUGGAAAUGCGUGGGCCGGCGGCGCCUGCGGAACUGCUACCUGCUGGACUACGUGUGCUUCAAGCCGGCGGACGACCGCAAGAUCUCGACGGACUUCGCCGGGCAGAUCAUCGCGCGGAACCCCCGGCUGGGCUUCCCCGAGUACAAGUUCCUCCUGAAGGUCAUCGUCAACUCCGGCAUCGGCGAGGAGACGUACGGCCCCCGCAACAUCCUGGAGGGCCGCGAGGAGUCCCCCACGCACGCCGACGCCAUGCAGGAGAUGGACGACUGCCUCUUCCCCACCCUCGACGCGCUCUUCCGCAAGACCGGCUUCCGCCCCGCCGACAUCGACGUGCUGGCGGUCAACGUCUCCAUGUUCUCGCCCGCCCCCUCCCUCGCCUCCCGCCUCGUCAACCGCUUCAACAUGCGCGAGGACGUCCGCGUCUUCAACCUCUCCGGGAUGGGCUGCAGCGCCAGCCUCGUCGCCGUCGACCUCGUCAACAACGUCUUCCGGGCGUCGACCACCGGAAAGCCGGUGCUGGCGGCGGUGGUGACGUCGGAGUCGAUCAGCCCCAACUGGUACUCGGGCAGCGACAAGUCCAUGAUGCUCGGCAACUGCCUCUUCCGCUCCGGCGGCUGCGCGGUGCUGCUCACCAACGACCCGGCGCUGCGCGGCCGCGCCAAGCUGCGGCUGCGGCGCCUGGUGCGCACCCACAUCGGCGCCGGCGACGAGGCCUACGGCUGCGCGGUGCAGCGCGAGGACGACGCGGGGCUCGUCGGCUUCCACCUGAGCAAGGACCUGCCCAAGGCCGCCGUGCGCGCCUUCGUGGAGAACCUCCGCGUGCUGGCCCCGCAGAUCCUGCCCGUGCGGGAGCUGCUGCGCUACGCGGUCCGCCUGGCGCGGCAGAAGCUGGCGGCGGCGGCGGCGGCCCCACCCCGCAAGGGCGAGGCGGCGCGCAUCGACUUCCGGAGCGGGGUGGAGCACUUCUGCCUGCACACGGGCGGGGCGGCGGUGAUCGAGGCCGUGGGGCGCAGCCUGGGGCUGAGCAAGUUCGACCUGGAGCCGGCGCGGAUGACGCUGCACCGGUGGGGGAACACGUCGGCCAGCAGCCUCUGGUACGUGCUGGGCUACAUGGAGGCCAAGCGCCGCCUCAAGCGCAGGGACCGCGUGCUCAUGAUCAGCUUCGGCGCCGGCUUCAAGUGCAACAGCGCGCUCUGGGAGGUCCAGGCCGACCUCUCCGGGGACGCCGCCGUCUGGGCCGACUGCGUCCACCACUACCCGCCCCAGACGCUCGUCAACCCCUUCAUGGAGAAGUACGGAUGGGUCAACGACGAGUAAGUAAGUCAUUUAUUAUUAUAUUAUUAUAUUAUUAUGAUUAAUUAUGAUUAAUUAUUCCUUCCUUUCCUUCCCUUCCCUUUUAUAUAUAUUUCUAUAUUUAUUUACCUGCAUGCCUUAAUUUUACGUAUAAAUAUAUGUAUGCUAUAUGUAUAUAUUUAUAUAUAUAUAUAUAUAUAUAUAUAUACAUGCAUAUAUACCCACGGGAGAAUAAUAAUGAUGAUGAUGAUGAUGAUAAUAAUAAUAAUUAGAAUAAUAGUUUUCGAGUAUUACUAAUUAAUUGUUGUUGUUAUUAUUAUUAUUAUUAUUAUUAUUAUUGUUAUUAGAAGGAGGAGGAGGAGGAGGAGGAGAAGUUUUUUUUUUAUUUUGGUCUCGAUAAUUGAUUUGGAAUUAAGCUGUAAUUGGUCGGUGUAUAGGCCGUGCAUCAAUAUUUAAUGCUGCAAUUUGAUCUCUUAGCUUUUUUUUCUUUUCUUUUUUUUGCGGGGGGGAUUUAAAUGAAAUUCUGGUUGGUUGGCCACUGUGCAAUUGUAUGUGGGGCCGAGCUAGCCAACUGGGGAUUAUUGUAGACGCACUUAUGUGGAUUUACGAUAUAUGUAAUGGAAAAUAAAAAUUUCUGAAAUAUCUAUGUA